AUGAAGUUCUUUUUGCUGCUCGUCUGCGCAGCCGCAGUUGCUGUCGCAGAAAAGCGUUAUGAUGGGCUCAUGGAUCUGCAGAAGGCUUCCCCAGUUGCUGAAGGUCGUGCCAUGGACUGGACCAGUUACCAUCGUCUUGGAGAUAUCCAUUCCUGGCUCGAUGAUCUGGCUGCAGCAAAUCCCGACACUGUUUCCACCCAAGUCGUCGGCCAAAGUACUCUUGGAAAGGACUUGAAGGUGAUUCGCAUCAACACUGCUGGUUCCCCUCACAAGUUCUGGAUUGAUGGAGGUAUUCAUGCUAGGGAAUGGAUUUCUCCUGCCACCGUGACUUACAUCAUCAAUGAGUUGGUCAACAACUACGAAGCCAACCAGGAACUGGUUGAUGCCUAUGACUGGUACAUUUUGCCGGUGCACAACCCCGACGGUUACGAAUACACAUUCACCGACGAUCGCCUGUGGAGAAAGACUCUGACUGAUCAUGACUCUUUCUGGGGAUGUCUUGGAGCUGAUCCCAACAGGAACUGGGACUUCCACUGGAUGGACAUUGGAGCUAGCCAAGACAAGUGCAGUGAGAUCUUCGCUGGACCCGAACCCUUCAGUGAGCCUUGCUGCUCCGCCAUCCGUGACUUCACCACUGAAUUGAACGCCGAUUCCAGUGUCCUGGGUUACUUCACGUACCACUCCUACUCACAACUCUGGAUGAGCCCUUGGGGAUGGACUGAUGCCCUGCCCCCAACCUACGACGAGCUGACACGCGUUGGAGUCGCCGGCAUGAACGCUUUGACGGCAGUGCACGGAACCGAUUACGAGUUCGGUACCUCCACCAACGUCAUCUGU